AUGGUCUCCCACUCAGAGUUGAGGAAAGUCUUCUGCUCAGCAGAUGCAGUCUGCUUUGACGUCGACAGCACAGUCAUCAGAGAAGAAGGCAUCGAUGAGCUGGCCAAGAUCUGUGGAGUUGAGGACGCUGUGUCAGAAAUGACAAAGCGAGCCAUGGGUGGGGCAGUGCCUUUCAAGGCUGCCCUCACAGAGCGCCUAGCGCUGAUCCAGCCCUCCAGGGAACAGGUACAGAGGCUCAUCGCAGAGCACCCUCCACACCUGACACCUGGCAUAAGGGAACUAGUAAGUCACCUACAAGAGAGAAAUGUUCAGGUUUUCCUAAUAUCUGGUGGCUUUCGGAGCAUUGUAGAACAUGUCGCUUCAAAACUUAAUAUCCCAUCAACCAAUGUAUUUGCCAAUAGGCUGAAAUUCUACUUUAAUGGUGAAUAUGCAGGUUUUGAUGAGAUGCAGCCAACAGCUGAAUCUGGUGGGAAAGGCAAAGUUAUUAAACUUUUAAAGGAAAAGUUUCAUUUUAAGAAAAUAAUCAUGAUUGGAGAUGGAGCCACAGACAUGGAAGCCUGUCCCCCUGCCGAUGCUUUCAUUGGAUUUGGAGGAAAUGUGAUCAGACAACAAGUAAAGGACAACGCAGAAUGGUACAUCACUGAUUUUGUAGAGCUUUUGGGAGAACUGGAAGAAUAAUCAAUUUUUAUAUAGUUCACAACUUCGUAUUUUUAAAAGUUAUGCAGUUUUGUACUGUUUGCUUAAAAUUGCCUAUUACAACUUAAUGGAUAAAUUUGGUACCGAUUAUCUGUACUUCCAAAUAAACUAUAAUUAGGGCUUUUAGAAAGUUGCUUUAAAAAACAAAACAAAACAGAACUAUAGUUCCAGUAUUAUGACCAUCAAUUACCUGGAGAGUUUUAUAAUCUGAAUUCAUUAUUCCUAUCUUUAUUUUAUUUGAAGCUUUUUUAAAGGCGGAGAGUAAAUUACCAUAAACACCUUCCCUAUUGAAAAUAUGAUUAGGCAGUGAAUAUUAGUUUUCCCUUUGGUAUACAAAUAAAAGUUUAUCCAUAUAUUAGAAAGAA